UAGAGCUGGGAGAUGUCAGGACCCAGGUUGUGGGCUGUGCCGCCCGCUUCCUGCUGCUUCUCUGCUCCAUUCUGCAGACAGCACCACUAAAUAUUCUGUUUUCUUGCAGAGAAUCUCUGAGUAUGUUUCUGAAUUUUAUGGGCCACUUAGCUCUGCAGUGUGAGUUGAUCCUGGGUAACACCAGUCUGAUGGAUUCCUUAAAGGCGGAGCAGUUUGAUGUUGUGCUGAUCGAUGCAUUCAAUCCCUGUUCAUUCCUGGUGGCAGAAAAGCUGCAAGCCCGGUUUCUGGCUGUGCACUCGGCGAACUUUUGGAGUUGGUAUCUGGCUGGUCUGCCCAGCCCCAUGUCAUAUGUUCCUGCAACUCGCUCACUGCUCUCUGAUCAGAUGGGAUUCUGGGAGAGACUGAAGAAUUCUGCCAUGUUCCUGGGCUCUUGGCUAACAGAGAGAAUGGUGUAUGCCCAGUUUGAUCAGACUAUCAGGAAGUGCUUCCCACCGGGAUCACAGCCUACUCUCUCAGAACUGUACCUGAAGGCUGAGUUGUCAAUCUAUAACACAGAUUUCACCCUGGAUUUUGCAAGGCCACUGCUUCCUAAUGUGGUCUACGUUGGAGGCUUGCUUUCAAAACCAGCGAAACCGCUCCCCCAGGAUCUGGAAGAUAUCAUCUUGAAAGCAGGAGACGAAGGCUUCAUCGUGGUGAGUUUUGGUUCGAUGCUUGCCUCUGUCAACCUGCCGGUGGUGCUGGAGGAGAUCAAUGCUGCCUUCUCACGGCUCCCACAGCUGGUUAUCUGGAGGCACCUAUACACUCAUUGGCCAAGUGAGGUCCUUCCUGCUCCUAACAUCAAGCUGGUGGAUUGGCUGCCUCAGAAUGACCUGCUCGGUCACCCAAAGGCUCGUCUCUUGGUGACCCACGGUGGCCUGAACAGUCUGCUGGAAGCUGUGUACCAUGGAGUGCCCGUGAUUGGAAUCCCACUGUUUGGAGAUCAGUUUGAUAACAUGGUGAGAGUAGAGGCAAAAGGCCUUGGUUUGACCAUCCAAGUCAACCAGCUGCAGGCUCUGGGCAAUGCCAUGGCAACAGUUAUAGAAGACAAGCGGUACAAGGCUUCAGCACUGACCCUAAGCCACAUUCAUCGCUCACAUCCAUUCCCCCCUCAUCAGCGGCUGGUUCGAUGGGUGGACCAUAUUGUGCAGCAUGGAGGGAGUCACCUUCGACCGUUUGGCUUGGAUCAGCCCUGGUACCAGCAGUACCUCCUCGAUGUCAUUCUGUUUUCCCUGGCCGUUGUUUCUAUGACAGUUUACAUUGUAACCAAGUUGCUGAAGUUUGCAGUGGGCUGUCUGUGCAGUGGAGGGAAAUUGAAAGCAGCUUAAAGUGGCUUGAUCACUGUUAAUGAACUCCAUACCUUUUCCAGAUUUUUGACCUAAAUUUCAAUUUCAUUUUGAUGGUAUUUUAUAGCGCACUGUUACCAUUUAAUGAAAUAGUAAUGAAACAUGUUUAAAUUUUAUGUUAUGGCUGAUUGAACUGUGAAUUCCUUACCUGGGAACACACAGCGAAUUCUAACCCCUGCGUCUCUCUUACAAAUCAGGGAGGUUUAGAAUCAUAGAAUCCCUACAGUGUGGAAGCAGGCCCUUCGGCCCAACAAGUCCAUACUGAACCUCAGAGCAUCCCAC